AUGACCAAUAGUUUCUUUGGCUCGAUCCAGAGUGUUGGGCUUAUCACUGCGCCGACGAUUGGCGGUGCUCUGAUCGAUGCGUUUUCGUGGAGGGCUUGUUUUGGUGUUAAUCUGCCGCUGGGCGUUAUGUGUCUUGUCUUGACGGCUUAUGGAGUUCAUGAACAGCAUCCGCGUCAUGAUGCGCCUGUUCUUACUCUGAAGGAGAAGGUCAAAAAAGUUGACUUUUUUGGCACGCUGUUGGCUGUACCAGCUAUUACCUUUCUUCUAAUGGCACUGCAAUGGGGAGGCACAAAGUUUGGCUGGGGAACCUGGCAGAUCAUCGUUCCUCUCGUUGUUUGCGCUCUUCUAUUCGUGGCGUUUGGAUACUUGCAGUAUCAUCAAGGUGACAAUGCUCUUCUACCGCCGAGGAUCUUGAAGCAGAGGAGUAUCAUUGCAGGAAUGUGGUACGGUGCGUGCUGCGAGGGAGUCUUGGCCGUGACUGAGUACUACAUGUCUAUAUACUUCCAAGGCGUACGUGGGUAUUCACCUACAAAGGCAGGUUUGCUUGCACUACCCAUGGUUGGUGGCCUGGCCAUUGCAUUUAUUAUUUCUGGUGUUGGCACUACGUGGAUUGGAUACUAUUACCCAUUCAUGUUGGCUACGAGCGUUCUCACACCCAUCGCAUCCGGUCUUCUCACAACACUCGACCUCGAAGAACAAAUCGCCAAAGCCGUUGGCCUCCUCACAUUUCUCGGCUUAGCAGUCGGUCUCGGUCUUCAAGGUCCCCAAGUGGCUCUCCAAGCCGUCCUCCCCAUCGAAGACGUAUCCCUCGGCGGUGCAGUCAUCACCUUUGGCGCAGGAAUGGGUUCUGCUUUGUGGAUUUGUGCUUCAGCAACAUUAUUCCAAGAUCGCCUGUCAAAGGAGAUCCAGGACGCUGCGCCCGGGACGAAUACUACACGUAUUCAAGAAGCAGGUCUGUCGAAACUGAGAGAGUCAAUUGGUCCUGAGAGAUUGAAGAGCGUGCUGUCGGGUUACGAGAACGCGGUUGUUCAGACGCUGUAUAUCCCCUUGGCAUUGGCGCUUCUGAGUAUUGUUGGUGCGGUAGCUAUGGAGCGCAAGUCCAUCAAGAAGAAGCGCUCUUAA